CUUUGUGGGCGGAGCCUGGGCGCGGCAAGGGCGUGGCCUUCGUCACGCGCAGCCCCGCCCCUCGGUCUCCGGGAGGCGGCAACCGCUUUUCCUUGUCUCUUCCCGGUUGUCGGGGACUGCCUCACCUCGGUUCUCGGUGACCAUGGGGGACCCCAGCAAGCAGGACAUCCUGGCCAUCUUCAAGCGCCUGCGCUCGGUGCCCACUAACAAGGUGUGUUUUGACUGCGGGGCCAAAAAUCCCAGCUGGGCAAGCAUAACCUACGGGGUGUUUCUUUGCAUCGAUUGUUCAGGGUCACACCGGUCACUUGGUGUUCACUUGAGUUUUAUUCGAUCCACAGAGCUGGAUUCGAACUGGUCUUGGUUUCAGCUUCGAUGCAUGCAAGUUGGAGGGAACUCGAAUGCUUCUUCCUUCUUCCACCAACACGGGUGUGCCACCAAUGACACCAACGCCAAGUACAACAGCCGUGCGGCUCAGCUCUACAGGGAGAAAGUCAAGUCUCUGGCCACGCAGGCCACCCGGAAGCAUGGCACUGACCUGUGGCUCGACAGCUGUGCAGCUCCACCUGUGUCCCCUCCCCCAAAGGAGGAGGAUUUUUUUGCUGCUCACGUCUCUCAGGAGGUCCCUGGGACCAUGCAGCCGUCGGCACAACCAGAACCAGCUGCUGUAACACCGUGGGCCAUGGAAACGACUCCCGAAAAAGAUGAAGGUGGACCAGAACAAGGGCCAAGUGUGGAAGGUCUGAACGCCCCAGGGAAGGCUGCUGUAGAAGUUUCAUCUAUUAUAAAAAAGAAACCAAAUCAAGCAAAAAAAGGACUUGGAGCCAAAAAAGGAAGCUUGGGAGCCCAGAAGCUGACGAACGCGUCCUUCACUGAGAUCGAAAAGCAAGCCCAGGCUGUGGACAAGAGGAAGGAGCAGGAAGGCCUGGCCAGGGCCGCACCCAAGGAGGAGUCCCUUGUCUCGUCAUUACGAUUGGCCUACAAGGAUCUUGACAUUCACAUGAAGAAAGACGAAAAACUGAACCUGAGUGGCCAGAAGAAGGUGGAAGCCGAGAGGCUGGGCAUGGGCUUUGGAAGCUGCCGGAGUGGCAUCUCCCAUUCUGUGACUUCAGACAUGCAGACCAUCGAGCAGGAGUCACCUACACUGGCAAAGCCAAGGAGGAAGUACCAAGAGGACCCAGAGGAGUCAUACUUCACCUCCAGCUCCAGGUACUUUGACGACCCCAUGGAGUUAAGAGGUAGUUCCUUUUCUAGCUGGGACGACAGUACGGAUUCCUACUGGAAGAAGGACAGCAGCAGAGACCCUGAGCCUGCCAUGAGAAGCACAGGCUCUUCAGACAGACCCAGUGCUCGCCGGAAGCCGGAUUAUGAGCCCGUUGACAAUACGGAUGAAGCCCAGAAGAAGUUUGGCAACGUCAAGGCCAUUUCUUCAGACAUGUACUUUGGAAGACAAGCCCAGGCAGAUUUUGAGACCCGGGCACGGUUAGAGAGGCUGUCCACCAGCUCCUCCAUAAGCUCCGCAGACCUUUUCGAUGAGCAGAGGAAGCAGGCAGCAGGAAACUACAACCUCUCGAACGUGCUGCCCAAUGCCCCGGACAUGGCACAGUUCAAGCAAGGCGUGCGAUCCGUUGCUGGAAAACUCUCUGUCUUUGCCAAUGGGGUCAUGACGUCCAUUCAGGAUCGCUAUGGCUCUUAAUCCUGGUGCCGGGCUAUGUCCGACCUGGUACAACUCCACUUCAGAUGGACCUGGGACCACAUCCAGCUGCACUGGAGCCUUGGCUGAUGUGCAGGCAGGUUCUACUAGUUGGCAAGGCCCCUGCACCCUUCUGAUUCUUCACAUUUCCUUCGAGGCCUCCCAUUUCUAUGUAGCGGAGCUUUGCUUUCGUUUCUGAUUAGUGCCCUGUGUCAGUCAGCAUGCCCUUGCUUUAUCUUUGUGGAAUCUUUAGUUCUGAGAGCUGGAAACCUGAGCUGCCAGCUCCUCCCACCUCUCCCUGGCCUGGGAGCCUUCACCUGCGGCCAGGAGAGUCUCCAUGGACUGUGGGCUCAGGGCUGCCAGAACGAGCUGGUGCUGGAUGGGCCAGGGAAAUAAAGCCACAGCACACACUUCUCUCUGCAAAGGAGCAAACAACCAAAACAAGAUCAGAAGUGCCCGGCCUCUCCCUGACAGAUUGCUUCCUGGGUGCCCCCACACAAUGAGGAGAUUUCAAACAACACUUCAAGCCAUCUGUCACUUUGUAAAUUAAUUUGUACAUUCUCUACACUUAAAAAUGUUCCCCAGUCAGUUCUUUUAACAAACCUGAGCUUCCAUGGUGCCAAGGGAGUUCAUUUCGAUUUGGUGACAGGUGUUGCAGGGCCAGCUGAGGGCUCCCAAGUGCACCUAGAAAUCAGCAGAGUGCAGGAGCUCCAGCUGAGUGGGGCGGCCAUGUGGCUUCUGGAUGAAACUCAGAUUCGGGGAAAUGGCGAUUAUAAUUGGGUGGUUUUGUUAAUAUUUUUUAUCUUGACCUUGAUGUUCCAAAAGUCAUAGGAUAGAUGUAAAUCGAUAAAGUUGUUUGGCUGUGUUUUAGACAGCACCAGAAUAUAUUGUUCAGCACAGUAAAAUAUAUUUGAAAUUUGAUGAACCAAAAA